AUGCUGGAGUGGGUUUUUGCAGUUUUAAUCCUGAUAGCGGCGGCUGUGUUCUGGCACUUGGCGUCCGGAAGCCAGUCGGAAAAUCUGCGGGGAAAAUCGGGGAGGCGUAAUUCCGGGCGCGUCCCGUCAGGCGGGGCGGGGCCCGUCGUCCUGAUGUGCAAGCCCUCCGCCCUGGCGAAGCACCUCCGGCGGCACUGCCCGGCGUUCCGGGCGUUCCCGGCGGCGCCGCGCUGGACCUGGCGCGCCAGCCCCCUCCUGCAGACCGCGGUGGCCGCGCUCCGGCCCUGCGGCCGCGCCGUCCGCUUCGCGCGCGACCACCUGCAGGUGCGCGACGGCGGCCUGGUGUCGCUGGACUGGGCGCUCGCGGGACAAGCCCCGCCCCGCGCGCGGCGAGGGACCGGCAGCGAUCCCGGCGCGCCCGUGCUCCUCAUCGUCCCCAGCUCCUUCGGGAAGGUCACCUGGAGCGUCCUGAAGCUGUGUGAGCUGGGCCUGACUCACGGCUACGCCCCGGUGGUGUUUAACCGGCGGGGGCAGAACGGGACGCCCCUCGCCACGCCGCGGCUGCAGUCCUUCGGCGACGCGGCUGACCUGCGGGAGGCGCUGCGCUACGUGCGUUACCGCCGGCCGGCCGCCAGGCUGUACGCGGCGAGCGAGGGCUCGGGGUCCGGCCUGCUCCUGUCCUACCUGGGCGAGUGCGGCUCCUCCAGCCACCUCACCUGCGCUGCCUGCCUCUCCCCCCUGCUGCGCGGCCAGGCCUGGUACGACAGCGCCCCCCGCUGGCCCUACAGCGCCGCCCUGCUGCUGCACCAGAAGAUCUGCCUCAGCAGGUACAAGACUGCGCUGGGGGAGGCCAUUCGCACGGACGCUGUGUUCUCCUGCAGUACUCUGAGGGGCCUGGAGGAAGCGCUGUUCUGCCAGCCGGAAGCCAAGCCACCGGGGACGUCGGCCGGCAGGGAGGGGGGCGGGGUCAGCAGGGAGGGGGGCGGGGUCAGCAGGGAGGGGGGCGGGGUCAGCUGGGAGGAGUACUGGGAGCGGAACGAGCCUCUGCGGGACGUGGACGAGGUGGCGGUGCCGGUUCUGUGCGUGUGCAGCCGCGAUGACCCGGUGAGGGGGGAGGCGGCAACCACGCUGCCCUUUGACCUUUUCCACAGCAACCCCCACCUCUUCCUGCUGCUGACGGAACAGGGCGGGCACUGUGGCUUCUCCGAGGGGGGCGGGGGCGGGGCCUGGGGCCACCGCGCCCUGCUGGAGUUCUUCCGCGCCGUCACAGACUUCUUCGCGUCCGAGGAGAGGGCCAAGGCCGCCUCCCACCGCCGUGGCCUGAGGGGCGGAGCUAGCGGCGGGGCCGUCACCAGGGGCAACAGCAGGGGCGGGUCCCGGCAGCGCGGGAGCAUCAGCACCUGCAAGCAGCUGCCCGCCUGUUCCCACUCCAUCCACUCCAUCUACAGCUGGCAACGAUCCUACACCCGCUAA